GUUUGAAUUUGGGGAAAAAACAUAGAAACCUGAGCAGAAUUUCUCAUUUUGCGAAAGAUAAAAUGUAUCCAUCCACAUAAAGAUAAUGAAUCAUCUCGUGAUUGCUAACCAUCAUGUGAUUGGCCGAACCCCAUUCAUCAAGGACAUGUGUAUGGCCAUGAUGCUAUGUCCCACUCCAAAUCUAAAUCGAACCGAAAGACAGUGCUGAAGAUUGGUCGAGUUGGUAGUUUCCAUUGGAUUUGAACCCACUUUUUUGCUUUCAGCAAGCUUCGUCAUAGGAUCCCCCCAUAUUACCCCACUCUGCUCCUAUAUAACUACGUUAAAAUAACACUUAUCAAAAAUUAAAAUUUGGUUAAUUUCUCUGCUAAUCUAAUUUUUCUUCCCCCAUUUUUCAUUUUCAUGCUCUGCUUGAUCCAAGCUCAGGGCAUGGCUUCCCAAGCUUUCUCUCUUCUCUUUCUUCUCCUUUCAGCCAUUGCUGUUUCAGAUGCUGGUUCGAUUGGGAUUAACUAUGGUCGUGUAGCCAACAACUUGCCUUCGCCAGACAAAGUUGUGGAACUCUUGAAAGCUCAGGGGUUAACCAAAGUCAAGCUUUACGACACCGACGCCACAGUUCUAACAGCUUUAGGAAACUCAGGGAUCAACGUAGUUGUUGCUCUUGCUAAUGAACUCCUGGCAUCAGCCGCAGCCGACCAGUCCUUUGCUGACAAUUGGGUUCAAUCCAACAUCGCCAAAUUCUACCCUGCAACAAAGAUUGAAGCCAUAGCUGUUGGAAACGAAGUCUUUGUCGAUCCCAAUAACACGACAAACUACCUCGUACCAGCCAUGAAAAACGUCCAUGCUUCACUUGUUAAGUUCAACUUGGAUUCCAACAUCAAAAUCUCUUCCCCUAUAGCUCUCAGUGCUUUGCAAAAUUCUUACCCUUCAUCAUCCGGUUCAUUCAAACCGGACUUGGUCGAACCUGUGAUUAAACCCAUGUUAGAUUUCUUGAAACAAACCGGGUCUUACGUCAUGGUUAAUGCCUACCCAUUUUUUGCUUAUACAGAUAACUCUGAUAAAAUCUCACUUGACUACGCUUUGUUUAAUGAGAAUUCCGGGGUGGUUGAUCCGGGUAACGGGUUGAAAUAUUACAGUCUUUUCGACGCUCAAAUCGACGCCGUUUUUGCUGCCAUGUCGGCUCUUAAAUACGGUGACAUAAAGAUGGUUGUGAGUGAAACGGGGUGGCCUUCAAAGGGUGAUGCGAAUGAAAUUGGUGCAAGUCAGGCUAAUGCGGCGUCGUAUAAUGGUAACUUGGUACGAAGAGUUUUGAGUGGAAAUGGGACCCCUUUGAGACCCCAGGACCCACUUAACGUUUAUUUGUUUGCUUUGUUCAAUGAGAACCAAAAAUCAGGUCCUACCUCAGAAAAAAAUUAUGGGUUAUUUUAUCCUAAUGAACAAAAGGUAUAUAACAUACCAUUAACACAAGAGGACCUUAAAAGUGGCCAGCCAACGCCGGUCAAUGUAAAUACGAGUCAGCCUCCGGUGUCCAGUGAAGUGUCCAAGACGUCGGUAGGGCAGACAUGGUGCGUGGCCAAUGCGAACGCCGGCGAGAAGAAGCUGCAGGCGGCAUUGGAUUAUGCUUGUGGUGAGGGAGGGGCUGAUUGCAGCCCUAUUCAACCUGAUGCAACAUGUUAUAAUCCCAACACUCUUGUGGCACAUGCCUCUUAUGCUUUCAAUAGUUAUUACCAAAAGAACACACGUGGGACUGGCACGUGCGACUUCGGCGGUGCGGCUUACGUGGUCUCGCAACCUCCUAAAUAUGGCAACUGUGAGUUUCCAACAGGUUACUGAAUGUGGGAAAACAAAGGGAAGAUUUGGUGAAUUUCAGCAACAGAUUUGUUGGGUGCUACAAUAAAUUUGACAAUUUUAUUUUCUUUGUAUUAAUCUAUUCUUAUAUAUGAGUAUAUAAAUAUAUAUAGUAGGUGGAGUUGUUGUCAGUUGGUUUGACUCUCUUUGUCUAUUAUUUGUGUCCCUAUUUGUUAUUAUCAUUUUUCCUAUGAAUUAUUGUUAGUAUUACAUAACAUAUUCAUUUUAUUAUUAUUUGGUGUUAGAUGAUGCCUUUUGUCUUUUUUUUUUUUU